AUCAAAGCUUCUUCCAAGAAUAUGAGCGGUGAGUGUGAGUCCUCAGAGGAGAGUGGUUGGACUAAGUAUUUUGAUGAUUUCCUUAACAACCAUAACAUUGAUGAUCACAAAUGUUAUGUGUCUUUCUCUGGAGCUGAUCAUAACACCUCCUCCUCCCUUGUUUCUGAUGCUACUCCCUUGGUUGCUGCGAAAAAAUUAAAUGAUAGCACACAAGCUAAGGAACAUUGUAAUGGAUCGAGUCUCAAGAAGAGAAAGAAGAUCAAAACAGCUUUGGUUGAUGAUGAUUUGGAAGAUACUGCAAGUUCUCCUAUCAACAGCCCAAAGGUUUUAUAUGAGAACCAGUUAUACCAGGCAAAACAGAAGGAAGAGAUGGAGCUUUAUCAGGAAAAUGGAAAAACCUCGGGAGAAAGAGAUGAGAGGAAAGAGCUGUGUUUUAAUGGGAGCGACAGUGACCACACAGAACUGACGAAGAAAGGGCUUUGCUUAGUUCCUUUGUCGAUGAUAGUGAGAUAUCUAGGUUGAUUAGUUUC